CUUCCAGUCUGACAAAUCUCUCUCGCUCAGCUUACGCCACUCCUAUACUAAUCCCCCAAAAAAAACUCUCACAGCUUUCGUCCCGACCCACUCUCGAUUCCCCUCCCCGAAACGCCGCUCCAGGAUUCAGCCGCGAUCCGAUCGCCGAGGCGACCGCGCCGUCCCGCCCACUCGAUUCGGUCGUGUGCGCGCUAGGAAGUUCGUCCGUCACGCGCCUCGCGGUUUUGUGUUCGUUUUCCCGUUCUGGUUUCCUGUGGCUCGCUCGGUUACCGCUUUUAAUCUUAUAGCUAGCUCGAUCCAUCUGUGUUACUGUGUAGGUAUGUGUGUUCUUCUGAUUGCCUGCGCCUGAAGUAGAUGCUGGUCAUGACUAACUGCUUGAUUGAUGGAUUGCUUGAUUUUGGUUGUGGUGACUAAUUUCCUAAUUGGAUUUAAUCCUGCUCCUCAAUUGGUUCGUUGACUGCUGCUUGAUGUUAUUGAUGUGCAUCCCGAAAAUUCGAUCCAGUUCACUUUAAACCAGUGGCGUGGGUUCCAUCUAUUUACUGGCCACGACUAUUUCUAUUUGGGCGUGUGGGAUCAUGGCUGCACAGAGCAUUAUCAGUAAUUCACACUAGUACCAUGUAUUUAUACAUACGGCCGAUGAAGCGGCAUGAGCUGUGCAAAUGGACUCCUGUUAUUUCAGAAAUUUUGAACUUCGUAGAUCCUAUCAUACGUCCUAUAUUUUUGGAUUGAACUGGCAACUUAUAUCCUUCUUGAUCACACUCGUGCUGUUCUGGCUAAUCCAAAAGUACCAUGGACACUGGGCCACUGCAUUUUGCUUCCUCUCCAUGUGCCUGAAACGGUGCCCCUGUUUUGGUUCCUCAUUCAACUCUCAUUUGUGCUUUUGUUUUCGUUCACCAAUUAAAAAAAAACAGUGGAUAUGCUUGUAAAAACGUGUUGAGGGCUCAUUCUCGAAAAGAAAAAGAAAAACAAGGUUGAGGGGAAACUAUCACUCUUCUAGACAAGUUACCUUCAGGCAUCCUAGUUAAAGAGAGCAUGUCCAGAAGGCAGCAACUUGCCGACUACUUACUUGCUGCGUGCAGCAUUGGUUACUAAUUUUUUUUACUGCUUUGGCACAGAGUUGGGGGAAUUCACUUAUGCAGGUUCUUUCAAUGAUGCUGCUUCACUAGUUACUGAGACGAUCCCUAUUCAGUAGGAAAUUGUAGAUAGGUUACAUUUCAGGUACAAACCACUGAAGUCUUAAUUAGGACGCUGGCUUUCUCAAGAUGUUCUUGAUGGGAGAAUUAGAGGAAGUUUAGUUUAUUUGCGGAUAUUGCACGACUUUAAACCAAUGUUUGGACAAGUUUCUUCCGUUCAAGAUGAAGCCGGUGGCUGCUGGAGGUAGGCUUCCUUGUAAUCUGACUUCUUAAGGGACCUUUCUGUUCGAUAAAAACAUUCAACGACGGUACUAGCUAACACGUCAAAACCUUAUCAUGAAACCAUCCCAUCGCCUUCACUUUUUUUUUCCUGGCAUUUGAUGCUCUUGCCUGUUCCUCUUGCCAGAGAACGGGGGGCCAGCACCACGGUAAAACAGAUGCAGAUGGAUCACUGUGUACGAAUUGCUUGGAAAUUCUUCUCUGGAUGGAUAUCAGUUGUGUAAUUUGUUUUCUCACAGCUCACAAUCCAGCUAGUUUCUUCUAGCUGUGACUAUGAGGUUUUUGCUGAUUGGAGCAGUCCGGCGUUGCUUUGGUCUUGUGUCAAUAUGCCUGGUCUUCAGCAGUAUUCAGCAACCAGAACUACAUGCAGUGGUUUCCUCUGUGACUGCAUUCUCUAUUGAGAGUCAUCCUGCUAAAUGCAUAAUACUUGCAGGUAUUUGUGUUGCAUUUGCAACGCGAUAGCUUUUGUGCUACCAAACAGCCGACAUGGGUGCCGUGCAGCUCGAGUCUGUUGCUGCUCAACAUGCACAUGCUAAGCUAAAUGUGGAUUCACUUCCUCAAGGCCCUUCGUUGUUUGAUGGAAAUGACACAGCCAGGAUUGAUGGUUCUAAGUCUGAUGAGUACGAAAGAUUUGAGAAGGGAUUAAUGCAGUAUGGAUGUGCGCAUUACCGAAGGAGAUGCCGCAUACGAGCUCCAUGCUGCAAUGAGAUUUUUGAUUGCCGGCACUGCCACAAUGAAUCAAAGAAUUCGAUUAAAAUUGAUACUCCUAGGCGACAUGAACUUCCACGCCAUGAACUGCAGCAGGUCAUAUGCUCAUUGUGUGGCACUGAACAAGAGGUACGACAAAUAUGCAUCAACUGUGGUGUAUGCAUGGGAAAGUAUUUCUGUGAAGUGUGCAAGCUCUUUGAUGAUGAUGUCUCAAAACAGCAGUAUCACUGCCAUGCGUGUGGAAUAUGCAGAAUUGGUGGCAGGGAGAAUUUCUUCCACUGCUCAAAAUGUGGAUGUUGUUAUUCCAAAGUGUUGAAGAACAGUCAUGCAUGUGUUGAAGGAGCCAUGCAUCAUGACUGUCCAAUCUGCUUCGAGUACUUGUUUGAGUCGAGAAAUGAUGUCUCUGUUUUGCCAUGUGGUCAUACAAUUCAUGAAAAAUGCCUGAAAGAGAUGAAGGAGCAUUGCCAAUUUGCAUGCCCGCUCUGCUCCAAGUCGGUAUGUGACAUGUCGAAGGCAUGGGAAAGACUGGACGCGGAACUAGCGACUCUGUCAAACUCCUUCGACGAUAAAGUGGUUCGCAUAUUGUGCAAUGAUUGUGGGGCAGUAUCAGAGGUGCAGUUCCACUUAAUUGCACAUAAGUGCCAUAGUUGCAAGUCGUACAACACCCGGCAGAUUUGAAGUAGUGAAGCCCUGGAGGGAUUGUACAUUCUUCCUGGAAGUUGGUGAGAGUGCUACGGCGGUGGAGAUUCAUUCAUCUACGUGAUGUUUGCUGCGAAGGCACAUCACUGGACAAUUUAUCUGCGUCCACUGCAGUUAGCAGCCGUGGUUGUCCUUCAUUAGUUUCUUCAUCGUUUCUGUUAGUUCAAAAAGUGUGUAACAGUUUCCGCGUUUCCGUUCAAGCCUUGCAUAUUUCAGCACAACGUGGCAGACUGGUAGAAUUGUGCUCUACUCGAUUGGCAUCAUUUCCUCGGCAUUGGUCAGGUCUGCAACGGAUAGGAUCUCCUCUCCAGGGAGAGUGGUGUGUGCAUGCAGCAGGCUGUGUGGCGUAGGGUUUAUGGUUGCAAAAUGUCUUGAUCAACAAUUUCAAUUUCAGUGAUCACCAAGUUGGGCUGUCA